CCCGCCCCACUCUCGUUUUUACUCAAUUUAUACAUACCCUCAUUCCAACCUUUCUUCUCCAUUCUGUAACACCCCCAAAACUGAAAAGUUCCGAAAUCUUUCUCCAUUCCAUUCUGUUUUCUCCUCAAAAUAUGUCUUCCAAAAUGAACUCAUUUGCUCUAUUUUGCCUUAUUUCAAUUUGCUUUUUUUGUUGUAGGAGUGUAGAAUCAGCAUCUCGUUCGGCCCCUGCUCCGGCAGUAGACUGCAAUAACUUGGUACUGAACUUGGCUGAUUGUUUAUCUUUUGUUACAAAUGGAAGUACAGAGAAGAAGCCAGAAGGUACUUGUUGUUCAGGCCUUAAAAUGGUGUUGAAAACUGACGCUGAAUGCCUUUGUGAGGGUUUUAAAAACAGUGCUCAGUUGGGUGUUGUUCUUAAUGUCACUAAAGCUAUGGCUCUUCCUGCUGCUUGCCAUGUAUCUGCUCCUUCUGUCAGCAACUGUGGAUUGAGUACUGACACUGGCGCGGCUCCUGCUCUUUCUCCAAUUGCUGGACCACCAACCAUAUCAGCAGUUGCUCCAACCACAGCCGAGGGGGUGAAUGUGGUCGCUCCAGUGCCAGCUCCAGGAACCUCCGAUUCUACUACACUCGCAGGUCUAUCCAUUGGACAAUUGGGUCUGACACUAGUGGUUGCAGUUUUCUGUUGGUUCUAAACCAUUUUAGGAUCAUAUUUUUGUGUUGGUUCUAAUCACACGUUUUCUGGGAGAUGGAGCAGCACAGAUUUGUUGUUUUGUCAUUAAACUUUGCUUAGUUGGUGUACUCUAAAUUUUAUUUAUGGUAGUGGUAGAUAAUUUUGUGAGACCACGUAAAUAGGGAUCACUUUGUUUUCUGAUGAGGUUGCUCUUAUUUGGAUGAUAUAUUUUUUCGUCAAAUCUCACGUCUUCCUCCACUUAAAUUGGUUAUCUUACUGCUUAUUAGUUAUUUA